AGUUGAUUGAGAUCCCCAGAGCCUGUGGCCAGAUAUAAAAUAAUAAUAAAUUAUUAGUAAUAAAAAAACAAAUACUACUCCACGUCGCGGUGAAGCACUCCUCCUUUCAUCUUCUUCUUCCUUCCUUGUCUUUGUCUCAUCAUUUUGGGUCUUUCACAUCUUAAAAUAAAAACCCCCCGAUUUCCUCCACCCGAUCUGAUCCCUUCCUCCACUCUAUCCUUCCCUCCGCAUUGAAUCGGAUCUGCCCCCCAACUCCGUCUGUAAUUAUGCCGUCUUUGUUCGGAGGACCUCUCACCACCUUCGAAGAUGCCGAGAAGGAGAGCGAGUAUGGCUACGUCCGCAAGGUAUCAGGACCUGUGGUUGUAGCAGAUGGGAUGGCUGGAGCUGCUAUGUAUGAACUGGUUCGUGUUGGGCAUGAUAACCUUAUUGGGGAAAUUAUUCGUCUCGAAGGAGAUUCUGCUACCAUUCAAGUUUAUGAAGAAACUGCCGGAUUGAUGGUGAAUGAUCCUGUCCUUCGUACUCACAAGCCGUUGUCUGUUGAGCUUGGACCUGGAAUAUUGGGCAACAUCUUUGAUGGUAUUCAGAGGCCUUUGAAGACCAUAGCAAAGAGAUCUGGUGAUGUCUACAUUCCUCGCGGGGUUGCUGUUCCAGCCUUGGAUAAAGAUACACUCUGGGAGUUCCAACCUAAAAAAAUAGGUGAAGGGGAUCUUUUGACUGGUGGAGAUCUGUAUGCUAUUGUGAAUGAGAACAGUUUGAUGCAACACCAUGUUGCUCUUCCCCCUGAUGCUAUGGGAAAAAUUACCUACAUCGCACCUCCUGGUCAAUAUUCUUUGAAGGAUACUGUUCUUGAGCUUGAGUUCCAAGGAGUCAAAAAGCAAUUCACCAUGCUUCAGACUUGGCCCGUACGAACACCAAGACCUGUUGCUUCGAAGCUUGCUGCUGAUACACCACUUCUUACUGGACAGCGCGUGCUUGAUGCUCUAUUCCCUUCGGUGCUUGGUGGUACUUGUGCUAUUCCUGGUGCUUUUGGUUGUGGAAAAACUGUCAUUAGUCAAGCCCUUUCCAAGUACUCUAACUCCGACACUGUUGUUUAUGUUGGCUGCGGAGAAAGAGGAAACGAAAUGGCUGAGGUGCUUAUGGACUUCCCUCAAUUGACGAUGACUCUGCCAGACGGUCGUGAGGAAUCUGUUAUGAAACGUACUACUCUUGUGGCUAACACUUCAAAUAUGCCUGUGGCAGCUCGUGAGGCCUCAAUUUACACAGGGAUUACAAUUGCUGAAUAUUUCAGAGACAUGGGUUACAAUGUCAGUAUGAUGGCAGACUCAACAUCCCGAUGGGCAGAAGCAUUGCGUGAGAUUUCUGGCCGACUGGCAGAAAUGCCUGCAGAUAGUGGAUAUCCUGCAUAUCUAGCUGCUCGUUUGGCGUCAUUCUAUGAGCGUGCCGGAAAGGUUAAAUGCCUUGGAGGUCCAGAAAGAACUGGAAGCGUGACCAUCGUCGGAGCUGUUUCUCCUCCAGGAGGGGAUUUUUCAGAUCCAGUCACAUCCGCAACCCUCAGCAUUGUUCAGGUUUUCUGGGGUCUUGACAAGAAGUUGGCGCAAAGAAAGCAUUUUCCAUCUGUAAAUUGGCUUAUAUCUUAUUCAAAAUACUCAGGGGCAUUAGAAUCUUUCUAUGAGAAGUUCGAUCCAGAUUUUAUUGACAUCAGGACAAAAGCUCGUGAGGUUCUGCAGAGGGAGGAUGACUUGAAUGAAAUUGUGCAGCUAGUAGGAAAGGAUGCUUUAGCUGAAACUGAUAAAAUUACAUUAGAAACUGCAAAGCUAUUGAGGGAAGACUAUCUUGCGCAGAAUGCAUUUACUCCGUAUGACAAGUUCUGUCCUUUCUACAAGUCUGUUUGGAUGAUGCGCAACAUCAUUCAUUUCUAUAAUUUGGCCAAUCAGGCAGUGGAGCGUGCAGCUGGCAUGGAUGGCCAGAAGAUCACUUACUCCCUUAUAAAGCAUCGAUUAGGAGAUCUAUUUUACCGUUUAGUCUCUCAGAAAUUCGAGGAUCCAGCUGAAGGCGAGGAUGUGCUCAUUGCAAAAUUCAAGAAACUUAAUGAUGAUUUGACAGCAGGUUUCCGCAACCUUGAGGAUGAAACUCGAUGAGCAGAUAGUUUCUCCUUUUCUGGUAGAAACAUCCAUUUGUCUGCCGUUUCUGGUUGGACUUCAGGCUUCGGGCAUUGUUUGUUUGGCCAUAUGUGGGUUAUUUCCUGCGUUAUAUACUGUAAUUUUUCUUGUUACUUUCUUGUGAUGUGACCGGCUUAGGCUCUCUAUUACAGUAAUUAUUAGUUUUUGGCAGAUUACACGGCAAAAUAAUUAUCUUGUAACAAUGCAAUUUUUAUUUUUUUUUGGGGUUCUACUCGUCCUUCAAUAAAGCAUUGUAUCAUGCGAAUGAUUUUGUAUAUUUGGAGAUGGUUCAACUUGGUGAAGUUAUUUCAUUUAUUUAAACAUUUUUCUUUAUGCUUGUGAUUA